AUGACGGCUUCCGCAGAGCUCGCCGCGCGCGCGUUUCGCGCGGCGUCGCCGUGUCUCCGUUACAGCGGAACGGGCGCGGCGGACAAAUCUCCUUUCUCCGCGUCGUCCGCGUUCGCUUUAGUCCCCUUGUCCCGCCGCGUCGCUUCCCCGCGCGUCGCUUCCCGCGCGUCAUUGCGCCGAUCCGCUCUCCGCCCGCCCGCCUUUUCUGCGCGCGCUGCUUCCAGCCAACAGGCGGCUGAACCUUUAGGGGAGAUUCCGCGGAAACAGAGAAAGCUCAAGGGGGAGAAAAUGCGGAUAACGGAGACAAAAGGCGCAGUGAGAGGAGAAAAUCGAAACGCGAGCUUAAUUAGCAACGACAAGUCGAGCCGAGAGGAAAAUGGGUGUCGGUUGGAGAAGGAGGGUCGGUCAGAUGGGCGCGAGAGGGGGUCCGAACAGCCCGGGAAGGCCCAGAAGCGAAUGUCCGUCACGAGACGGCAGGUUAUCGCGGCUGCUGCCGCGGCUGCUGCUGCUGGGGGGAUUGCUGAGCGCGCAGCGGCAGCAGGGCUGGUGAUACCGGGAGGGAGGAGUUGGAGGGGAGGAAACGGAUUAGGGUUUGUGGAGGGGGAAGAGAGCGGGGGAGUUGAGGGGAAGGGGCGCGGGGGAGCGGGGACGAGUGUGGGCUCGGCGCUAGAUAGCUUAUCGGAGCGAGUGUGCACGUUCACGCUUGCGAACGGCAUGCGUUGGAUUGUAGUGGAGCGGCGGGCGGCGCCGAUUGUCUCGUGCCACACGUACGCGGACGUGGGGGCGGCGGACGAGGCGGAUGGGUGCACGGGCGUGGCGCAUUUAUUGGAACAUCUGGCGUUUAAAGGCACGCCCGUUAUAGGAACGAGGGACGCCCAGAAGGAGGCUCGGCUGCUGGAGCUUGUAGAUGAAGCGUUCUAUGGGUUGAAGGAGGCGAGGGAGGGCGGGGCAGCAGAGGGCACGGUGAAGCGGCUGGAGGAUGAAUUCGCUCGUCUGCAGCAGCAAGCAGCGGAGCUGUCUGUUCCAAACGCGUUUGGCGCUCUGGUGUCACGGGAAGGAGGCGUGGGGCUCAACGCGACCACCAGCCAAGAUUCCACACAGUACUUCGUCUCUCUGCCCGCCAACAAGCUGGAGCUUUGGAUGGCCCUCGAGAGCGGCCGGUUCCUUGCCCCCGUGUUCCGCGAGCUGUACAGUGAGAAGGAGGUUGUAAGGGAAGAGAGGCGACUGCGCAUAGACAACACUCCAUACGGCCGCUUCACAGAGGCCUUUGCUCAGUGGGCGUUUCCCAACAGCCCCUACGGUCGCCCUACCAUCGGAUACCCGUCUGAUUUUGAUCGCAUAGGAAGGAAGGAAGUGGAGGCGUUUUUCCAGCAGCACUACACACCUGACAAGCUCACAUGCGCCGUGGUGGGGGAUGUGUCAGCAGCAGAGGUGGAGCGGCUGGCAACCAAGUAUUUCGCACCCUGGCAGCCAAUUCUCCCUCCCUCACAACCCAUCCCAUCCCUCCCCUUCUCCCUCGCCUCCUCCUCCUCUCCUCUCCUCCUCGCCUCGGCUUUCCCACUCCCUCUCUCCUCCUCCCCACCUCUCUCCUCCACCAGUCCCUCUCUCAACCUCACCUCCUCCUCCUCCUCUUCCACCUCUCGCGCCUGGCGAUCAGGGAGCAGAGAAGAGGGGUGGGAGGCGGCAAGAAUGGCGGCUGCGGCUGUGGGGGAGGAGAGGGAGAUGAGGAUGAGUGUGAGCGCUAACCCGCUGUAUUUCGAAGGUUAUUUCCGUCCCUCCUCUUCAUCAGUGGACGAUCCAGUCAUCUCAGUCAUCAGCUCACUGCUCUACGGCUCUCGCUCCUCCCGCCUCUACAAAAACCUAGUGCUGCCAGGCAAAGCCCUCUCAGCCAGUGCUACAGAGACCUACCCUGGGGAUAAGCGACCCAGUCUUUUCCUGCUCUCAGCCUUCCCCCCUCUCGGCGGCACCACCGAUGCAGUGGCGACAGCGCUACAGGAGCAGCUGCAGCACAUGGCAGACACACGCGUGCCAGAGAGCGACCUCGCUCGCGUCCGCAAAUCCCUUCGGGUCGGCUUCCUUGAACUGCUUGGGAGCAAUUCAGGGCUGGCACGAGUGUUGUGUGAGUAUUCAACCAGAGCAGGCCGAUGGGAGGCACUGGUGGAGGAGGUGCAGAGCAUUGAAGAGGUCACUCCCAGGGAUGUGCAGCAGGUGGCACGGUUGCUGUUCUCGCCUGACAUGCGCAUCACAGCACAUGCUGUCAAUGCCUAG